UCAAAUGUUUGACUAAGACUAAAGAAAAUAUUUAAUAGAGAACAUCGGGUCCUAGUCCACUCUGGAUGUGGUUAUAUGAUUACAUCUCUUCAAAUUGCACACAUGCAAGUUCGUCCUAUGAGGCGAAUUGAAUAUGCUAUCUUUCCAGCUCAAAUGUUUAAAUAGUUCCCUCUCUAAAGAUAUAUAGUCAUAAAUGUUACCGUUCAGUUCACAUUCAUUAUAUAGAUACUCAAAAAUAAUACUUUUAGUAAUUGUGAAUUUCAUACGAUGUUUUUAGUCGAAAACAGUUUUUGAUAGGUAAAAAUCGAAAUUGUAAAAUCAUUCUUCUUCGUAAAAUUAAAAGUGAAAUUAUGGUAACAUUUCGUCAGCCAAUAUCUACCAACAUUUGUUCGCUAUUUCUUGAAAUUUACUGGUCAAUUCUCCAUGUGUAUACUCUUGAUUAAACUUAAUAACAAACUUUGCUGAGAUACGUAAACCCUUAAACGUAUUCUCAGUAAUCUAUUAUCUUUUAGGAUUCAUAGUAUGAUAUAAUAUAUCAGUAAUUACACAUACUCCGGAUAAAAGUAAAAACACUAUUGUUUUUUUCUACCUCUUCACUCAAUCUAGGGAUUCCUUUUUAAUACCUAAAACACUCACCGGUAGAGCCCAAACAACAGAACACGUACGACAUUAUUACUAUUUUCUAAAAUGCAUAACAUCACAUAUUAAUGCUACGUAUUUCUAGAAAACAAAACAUGUUACUAUCCAUCAUUUAUCGUACCAAAGCCAAUGACCCCUCGCUCUUAUUCAUUGGCUUCGUUCCCUCCAUAUAUUGACUUACCGCUCCCUCUCUCUCCCUCACUUCACAUCUCUACUACAAAUUUUCAGAAGCAGAAACCCCAAAAAAAAACUCCAUUUUUCGAUAAAGGAUACAACAUCGCUUCCUAGCUAGUAUAGUGUUGGCCAAGUGAAAAAAAAAAGCAAUGAAAGAAGAAAACUGCACGAGCAGAGCAUGCGAGCGGUGCAAGACGUUUGGAGAGAAGUGUAGCCACAAAGUGAAGAAACAGAGAGGCAAGUUUUACAUCCUUGCCCGUUGUAUCGCCAUGCUAGUCUGCGGGCGUGAGCGUGACCACGACCGAGACCGUGUUUCGAAUUAGACUUUUACCUUAUGCUCUUUUUCUCUUAUUGUCUUUCUUUAACUUUCUCUUCUUUUGGGGAUUGCCCUUUUCACUUCUCCCUCUAGUAUCAAACAUUUGGACUAGGGUUGCUAUUUAAGUUAUAUAUACACAUGAAUAUAUGAAAUUGAUGUAAUGCAUUCGUAGAAAUGCUUUAUUGAUUUGUAAUUUAUGUAUUUCGUUUGGAUUUUUGAAUGGUAACUUCUAAAUAAGUUUGUAGUUGUUCAAAUAAUUAAUUAUUUACUCUCUCUUGUUUUUUCCUAACGCUUUGGACCUGAAAGAUCUUCACUUUACUUGGAAUUGUGUAUGCGAAACUUUAAUUAUACUCAGACCAUGCGUUGAGCCUCCGAAUUAAUGCUCAUUGUCAUGAUCAUAAAUUAUAUCUUAUGAGAUAAUAGAAGAGCCAAAUGCAUGUGUUUUUAGCAUAAUUACAAACUUUAUAAAAAUACACUUAUUUGUGCUAGUUGUAUUUCUGAAUAGGUCAUUAUAAUACAUAUCUUCCGCACUGAAUUUUAUUUUGAAAACAUCAUAGAUAUUGAGGUCAUAGAUCAAAUCUCAUCCACUAUGCUUUUAUAUAACAUCUAAUAAUACCCAACAAAAAAACACAACGUAACUGUCUAUCAACAUUAGUGUUCACCUAUAUUUCAGAUUAUCAAUGCACAAUAGAAUCGUAUUCUGAGUGAAGUUCAGUGACGUUGAAUAUGCAAUGGGAAAUUAUAUAACACAAUGUAAUAAUGCCAGAAAGAUAAAAUGGGUGAAUUAUGAUAAAGUCUACAGCCUUAGAGUCCAUGUGACUCGAGUCAAAUUCACACAAAUAAUACAAAUGAAAACUAUGCUCCAUUUUCUUUUCUAUUUUGUCGGUUUGGGGAAGCUGAGAUGUUUUAACAUGCAGUACCUAGGUUAAUCAUCAAAGCUAAUAGAUUAAAAGUAUGAUUGUGAAAAGGAUAACAGUAACAUUUAGACACUCUGACUUUAGUGUUUUUCAUCCGUUCAUAAAUUUAUUAAUGCUUAUAGUAAAGGAAAAGCGAAGGAAUAUAUAAGAUACGAACCAUCUAGGAAUCAAGUGAAAGUAAUAAUAUGAAAUAAGUUGUGUCAAGUCCUUUGAUGAAUGGUUCAUCGUAAAAACAUAUCUUAUAAUAGAUGUAAAGGUGUAAAGCGAAAGAUAUCAGUAUUUUCACUCCCAAGUCCCCAAAAAAUAUAUCGUACUGCAGAUAAAAUACGUAUGAAUUUUUCCAAAGUACAAUCACAAAUUUUGACCAAUGUACUGUUAUACUGUUUCUUUUUGCUAAAAACAAUAUAGUCAUUGUGACCACCACUUAAAAAGAAAAUACGACCCAAUAGUAGUAAACAAUAGUAACAGUGGUUAUUAUAUAAGAUGUGAAAAGAAUCCGAAGCCAAAAAAGCAAAUAAUUUAAAACGAAUCCAACAUCACGUGCAUGCUUUUGCUCCAAGUCUUGAACAUCUCCGACACGCCGCAAGGCGCAAGCGAUGAUAAAAUACAUUAAUUCUUUCGCAACGUUUUGAAUUAUUGGUGUAUCUAGUGAUGAAAACUCAUCUGAUAUACUCUAGAAAAUUAACAAAAGAUAUGAUUGUUCGCUUUUUCGCGUUAUACAUACUGAAUCUUAAUAUCCAUGUCCGGCUUGAAUAUUUGCAUCGUGAGUAUAUGUAGUACAUAUGUUAAAAACCAAAUGUAGGUGGAAAUUUGUGAGCCGACAAUGGGAAUCCUUGAUUGAAAGGUGUGCAUAUACACUCGUGCGGUCCCUCCUUGUUACUAUUUUUCAUAGUUUUUCCACUGUUGUAUUUAUAUCUACAGAAUCAGAACAUUGUUUUAUCAAGCUGUUUUCUAAGUGAAAUUUUCAGUUUUCCCCAAUUAUUUAUGAUAUUUGCGAUAAUUGAGAGCGACUUUGCUACUCUUUUCUUUUGUUACUUUUUAUGAUGGAAACUUGAUUUGUACAAAGUCAGCAUCAUUGACGAAAGAGAUGGGAAAACAUAACGUUAGUCUCAUGAUUAUUGCCCCGAUAAUACAUUAGGAUGUUUUCUAUAACUCUGCUAUUUAAAAUUAUAUUUCUAUUUAUUGUCUUCCACUAACUUUGAAUCAGUAUCCGGUUGAGAGUUUUGUUGUUUUGCUACUUUUUAUGUUUAACGUUGCUACAAAAUUAGGAAGAAAUUGUAAAGAUACAUACGUUAGAGUUUUGAGUUUUGCAAUAUAUAUCACAUUACUACAAGUUAGCGAGAAAGGGAAAGAUAUCUACCGUUAAAGUGCAUAUUCAAAGUACUUUUAAAGAACCCCUAGUUACAUUUCCUCACCCUCACCACACUGUAUAUCAUCUCAGAACACACAAAUUAUAUUAUAUUUUAAGUACGUAUAUAAUACGAAGAACAGAACGACAGUAUCAUCUUUGAAAUUAUAAGUUGGAGAUAUGAAAUGGGUUAAAAGAAUUUGUUUUAAUUUCGAGGCAGGAAAUGCGUCGUGAAAAGAGAAAAACAUGUCAAACACAACAAAUAUUUAUAAAAACUAUCAACAUAUAAAAGUACAUAAAUAGAUUUAGUUCCCUCAUCUAUAUGUCAUAUGUGGCAUAUGCAAUAUCUUGGAUUUAUGUGUCUUUGCUCUUUAGUUAGAGCAUCCACAACGGAGUCUCUUGCUAAUUUUUUUAGCUCCAAAACUUAGGUAAAAAAUAAUAAACAAUUCGAUGGGUCCCGCAAUAUAUUAAAGAUUGACCUCUUCAAAUCCUUUUCUAAAGAUCAAUUAUCUUGAAGUAUUGUAAUUGUUCACGAGCUCCGCUGUUAGGUGACGGUUUACCAUUGGUCAUCUUUUUUUUUCCAGAUAAAAAAAAAUAAUAAUAAAAAAAUAAAAAUAAAAAGUUCUAAGGAUUUUUUACCUAGCAUCACAGUUGAGAAUGGUCUUAGUCUUUCUAUAUACUCUACAAUAAAAGUAAAGAUACAAAGUUAUUUAAAUUUUAAAUUCUUAUUUACAUUUACACCAAAAAAGAAAACUUAAAUCCAAGAUUAUUACGGAUUUAAAAAGGCGAUUGGACAUAAUAGAAAAGAUGAGAAAAAGGAUGAGAAUUGAUAAGUUUUGGGACCCGUUAGGGUUGGAAAAGAAGAGGAAACACGUGCAUUUCUCUGACACACGUUGAAACCCAAACACUUUCCUCCGUUCCUCUUUCCAGUAUUUAUCUUAUACGACCUUUUUUCCAUAACCUCAAUAUAUUAUAAUAUCUUCACCACUUAUAAAUUAAAUAACAAUAACCUCAAUAUAUAAUUUUUAGUGUAAUGAAUAUAUAUAUCGUAUUUGAAAUGUUUUAGGUCUAUCAGUUUUGUUAUGUAAGAAAUUAAAAGAUUAUAGUAUCUGUUAUUCAUCACAUCAAGAUUAAUUAAGGUUUCAAACUUUUUUGUUUCCAAGACGAAUGAAUCAGUACCAUACACAAUAGAAAAGAAAAAUAAAAAUAAAAGGUUGAUGCUCUCGAGUAGUCGUGUGAGUUUCUAAACUAGACCCCCACGUGGCGGUGUCUCUUUGUAGCAGUCUUUAUAGACUUCUAACGUGCGUGUGUAGAUUCUCCAAGAAGGCGGGCCAACCCCAUGACCGCCCUCUUUCGUCUUUACACCAUUAUCUAGCUAUAAAUUCUAUGAAUGAGCACAACAAAUAAAGGUUUUGAUUUCUUUUGUUGGUUAAUCUUCUAUACCAACCUAAUAUACUUGCUGCCAUGUUUCCAAAUCAAAACUGAUAAUACUAAUGUGUAACACCAAUCUUCGAUAACACUCCAUUUUUUCUUUUAUAAUUUACACUAAAAUAAAAUAAUUCUAUUAUAAUAUACUUUGUUCUUUUAUAUUUUAUUCUAUAAUAAAGUAACACUAUUAUAGAAUAAUACCAUUAGAGCAAAAGUUAUACUAUAAUAACGUUAUUCUAUUUUAAUGUAAAUUAUAGAGGAAAAAAUAGAAUGUCAUUGGAAAUGCUCUAAUACUAGCUAACUUGAUUCGUACGAGUGUACCGCUACUUAAGAGAUAUACGAAUUAGGAUGUGGGACUACUAUACGUUCAUUAUCGGCAACAUAAUUUAAAUUUUAUUACAGACCCAAGCUCGAUUCUAAUGUUGAUAAAUCUUUACUAUACAUUCAUUAUCGGCAACAACAUUAACAUCUACAAUGAUGUAGUCUCAAUGAAUAUUUCAGAAAAAUAGAAAAUGUUAAUAUCUAAUUACAUAAUUAUUACAAUUGUUAUUAUUAUUAAUAAUUAUAAUUUCAUUAAUAUCAACCAUAAAAAGAGAUCUGAAUAGUACAAGAAAUCCGAUUCAACGGCGAAACAAUGAAAAAACACGAAAACAAAGAGAUUGUGACAAAACAUGUGAAACAAAUCUAAGAAGGAAAUAGAGUCACAUGGAGAAGUUCCACGAUCUCAAAACGCAGGUUCCAAAGUUAGACCGACUCUCAAACUUUAAUUCUUCAGAACACAACCAUCUCGUCGUAUCUCAGGUCAUGGAGUCAUGCACAUCUCCAUAUUAACUCUGAAUCGAAGAGGAAGAACAAAAUCGGGGAAUCGUCAUCCUCAAGAGAGAUCUCUCAUCAUGGAAACAUCCAUAACUGUCGGUACGAGCCCUUAAUUCAGCCCCUAAUUCUGAUGACUGACUUGCAGAGUCUUCGGAAGCCUCACCACAUUCCUCGAGCAUCAAGCGCUAUCUGUCAACUCCAAUGAGACACCAGAUUAUGGAACCUUUCUAUAGGUCCACUGUACCAGAUACUUAAACGGACGAUGGAGAAUAGAGAGACACACUACCGUAAAACCACACGAACUUCGACGAAUCCGUCAUAUAUGCACAAAAAUCAAUGAAGCAAGAGACAAGGAAAACCUCGUCACGUCCGACAAGACAUCAGUCCUCACAGAUCAAGACUCGUUAAAGAAGAAUCGAGAUAAAAAAAUCGUUAUACGUAGUUAGCUUCUCAAAAGCUUAUUUUAAAAGAAAAAUUGGUAUUCUGUAUGAUUUUUUUUAAAAUCAUUGUAGAUUUCAUCAAAAAGGAACUAUUGAUGAUGAAUAAUUGUU